AAACUUCCCAACUGAAUGAAGCGGCCUUUCUUCCUGAACGUUGAGCUGGAGAAUUUUAUCAUGGGCCAGCAACUCUCAAGCCAGACACAAACAGUUAUUAAUAAGUUACCAGAAAAAGUAGUCAAACAUGUAUCUCUUGUUCGAGAAAGUGGCUUCCUGACGUAUGAAGAGUUCUUGGGCAGAGUUGCUGAACUUAAUGAUGUAACUGCUAAAUUAGCUUCCGGUCAGGAAAAGCAUCUGUUAUUCGAAGUGCAGCCAGGCUCCGACUCUUCUGCACUCUGGAAGGUGGCUGUUCGAGUAGUGUGUACUAAGAUAAACAAGACAAGCGGCAUUGUUGAAGCAUCAAGAAUCAUGAAUCUGUAUCAGUUCAUUCAGCUUUAUAAAGAUAUCACAAGUCAAGCGUCGGGUGUUCUUUCUCAGAACACUGACUCAGAAGGAGCUGCAGAGGGUCUGUCGUCUGUUUCAUCUUGUCAGGCCAGCCUUUGGCUGGGAAGGGUGAAGCAACUGACUGAUGAGGAAGAAUGUUGCAUCUGCAUGGAUGGACGCGCUGAUCUGAUCUUACCAUGUGCUCACAGCUUUUGCCAGAAAUGCAUUGAUAAAUGGAGGGGUCAUCACAGAAAUUGCCCUAUAUGUCGUCUGCAGGUGACAGCAGCAAAUGAUUCUUGGGUGGUGUCGGAUGCGCCUACAGAAGAAGAUAUUGCUACCUACAUACUCAACAUGGUAGAUGAGGCAGGCCAGCCUCAUAGGCCAUGAUCGUAGUAAUGUUCAUAAUCAUGAAAUGUCCUUAAGAUUUCUCUUUCAUUGUUCUUCUUUGUUGGGUCAUUGUAUUGACUCAAAUAAGCUAAAUUCAUGUUCUUUAACAGUGAACACUUGUGUAUGAGCUAGUUUACAUGCAUUUGUAAUAUUCACUUUUGUCUGUUGCAGAGGAUACAUUAAGAAUUUACUGACAUUUUAUGAGACACUGGAAUAGCUGGUAUUUUAAUUUUAGCAUUGCUCUUCUGAGAUGGCUUACACUGAAAUUGCCCUUCAUUAUAGAAACUGUAACACUAAUCUGGAUAAUUACUUGAGGGCCUGUUGUUUAACAUCCACACUAAGAAGCAAUCCUUUAUGCAAGUAUGUGUGGGCCUGCUUGCAUGAAUAGGAAUGACUAGAAUUGCAGUUUGACACUUCAGUGACAUCUGUCGCCCCCUAGCGGUCAACUUUAACCACUUCUAGCGUUUACAUGUUGCUUAAAUCACCACUCAUUGCUGUGUCCUCGCAAAGGCUGUUCUAAUGAUGGGCUUUUCACAUUUUUCAAGAAGAACGAAUCUUCUAGCCAACUCUUAAUAACUGUAAAGUCUCCUUUAAAAUCAGAGUUUUAUACAUUCUCUUAAAACUGUGUGCUGAUAAUAUCAUUGAUCAAGAAAGCCCAACAGCUUUGUUUAUCACAAUAUCUGGGUGAAACUAUUCUGUGGUAUUAGUUAUGAGUCUGGCUUCUUUUAGCUGCAGUACAACUUUAAGAAGAUGGAGAUUUAAAGCAAAUAGAUGGUGCUUGAUUCCUUUCUCCAGUAUGCUUUCCUGUAACAGGGAUGUCUACAUCGAUCUGUUUCUCAAGUGUGGGCAGAUCUGCAGAUACCUAAGUUUGUGGAUUUGGGCCCUCACUGAGAGAGAGGUUUUUCUCCAGACUUGGGAGACCCCGUACCCCCAAGCUUGCUGAAAAAUCUAAAAACUUGCUGAAAAUGCUUUUGGGGGGGGGGGAGUUAAUUCCUCCCCCAGUGAAGCUGGUCAGUCCCAGUGCAAAGCUGCCACUUCUCCAUCCCUGCCUCUGUAGGGUGGGGGAAGGGAGGAGGAGAGAAGCCAGGAGCUUCUGUGUUCCGUGAUGGCUGCGGACUCUGUUAAGUUUGUAAGGGCUGGGAACUUGGGGAGCUGCGUGGAGCCCAGACACAAUAGCAGGGGAUACAGGGAGGCACGCAGGGCGGGGAGACAGACAGCUACAUCAGUGACUCCACAAGGUCAGCGGGACCAGCCACAGCAACAGACUUCGUACUUUUAAUUUGUGCUUUUAAGAGUCUUUGUGCAGUGUGUGUGUGUGUGGGGGUGAAAUGGCUUGAAAUCUUGUUUUGCGGG